CUCUUCAUCCUUGGUCUUCUCAUCUUUUAAUUUUGUUUAAUUUCUUGUCUUCGUGCUGGUUUGUAAGAGAUUAUAGAUCUGUUAUGGGUCUGAGCGAGUUCAUAGCUGUGUUGGGGUAUGAGCUGAGUUUCUAAAUGGCAAGCCCUCUGCAUGUAGUAAUGCUUCCAUGGUCGGCCUUUGGCCACAUGAUUCCAUUCCAUCAACUUGCCAUUGCCCUGGCCGAAGCUGGAGUCCAUGUUUCCUUUGUGUCAACUCCAAGGAACAUCCAAAGACUCCCCAAACUUCCACCCCAUUUAUCAUCUCUGAUAAGUUUUGUGCAGUUUCCAUUGCCAACUCUGGGCGAUGAACACCAAUUGCCAGAGGGUGCCGAGGCAACGGUUGACAUACCUGCCGAGAAAAUUCAGUACUUAAAGGUCGCCUACGAUCUCCUGCAACAUCCCUUCAGGCAGUUUGUCGCGGAAAGCUUACCCGACUGGAUCAUAAUUGAAUUCAGCGCUUACUGGGCUGCUGAGAUUGCAAGAGAACAUCAGAUUCCGAUCAUCCAUUUCUCUGUUUUCUCUGCCGCCACACGUACAUUCUGUGGGACACCCGAAUACCUUGUUGGGGAAGGCCAAAGGAGACUUCGGCCAUCGCCGGAGAGCCUUACAUCACCACCAGAAUGGGUAACUUUUCCAUCGCCAGUAGCCCUUCGCAAUUAUGAAGCGAUUGGCUUUCACGCAAGCUUCUUUGGACAGAAUGCUUCUGGCAUAACCGAUGCUGAACGUGCCGCUAAGACCUUCAGUGCAUGCCAAGCUUUGGCCAUCCGCAGCUGCAAUGAGUAUGAAGGUGAGUACCUAGAUUUACUCCAAAAGACUGUACAAAAGCCAGUCAUUCCUGUAGGUUUGCUCCCACCGGAAAUAAAAGACACAGAGGGGGACUGGAGUGAGAUCUCUAAGUGGCUCAAUGAACAAGAACCCAGAUCAGUUGUGUUUGUUGGGUUUGGCAGCGAGUGUAAGCUGAGCAAGGAUCAAGUUUACGAGAUAGCCUAUGGGUUAGAGCUCUCUGAUUUACCCUUCCUUUGGGCCCUUAGAAAACCCAGUUGGGCAGCCACGGAUCUUGAUGCUCUACCCCCCGGUUUCAGCCACCGGACUUCCAAAAAAGGAACGGUGUUCAUGGCAUGGGCGCCGCAGUUGCAAAUUUUGGCACACACAUCCAUUGGAGGAUCUUUGUUUCAUGGGGGUUGGGGUUCUAUAGUAGAAACCCUGCAAUUUGGGCAUUGUCUGGUUGUCUUGCCUUUCAUCCUUGAUCAAGGACUGAAUGCCAGGCUGCUGGUACAUAAGGGUUUGGCUGUGGAAGUGGAACGACAAAAAGAUGGGUCAUUUACCAGAGAGGACAUUGCGAGUUCUCUGAGACUUGCCAUGGCUUCUCCGGAAGGAGAGCCACUGAGGGUUCGUGCAAGAGAAGCUGCUGCAGUUUUUGGGAAACAUAAGCUACAUCGUGACCACUACAUCAACUGUUUUGUUCAGCAUCUGCAAUCAGGCGCUAGGAAGUGAUGCAAAUUGUGGUGCAGAGCAUUGGUUUCACUUUUAAGGAAUUCCAAUUCCAGUAAUUAAAAAUAAAAAUGCUUUGUGAAUCAGAGCAACUGGAUAAAGCUGUCUGGGAUUAUGGAUGUUUUUCAAAUUCACUUCUAUAUAACUGAACAAGUAGUUUUUUACAA